CAUUGAGUGAUAAUCUCUUUGUUUACGAAAAGCUGGUCGUACACAUUUUUCCAAGUUUCGUCGAAAAGCUGGAUCUUCCAACCAGCCCGGGUAGUGCGACCAGCGACGACCGGAAGCCCCGUCGACUUCACUAUCAGUACUACCGCAAGAUGAACACGAUGCCGAACCAUGCGGAUUUUAUGGAGCUGGGCACGAUUCAUCAGCACCAAUCAAACUGCAAGCAGCACUGCUUCGUAUUUACCGAGAUUGCAGAUAUCGAUCUACCGCCGGAGAUCACAAAAUUCCCGGAGAAAAUAAAGAACGGAAGCAUACACUCGUACAGCAAGAAGGAUGGCAUGUCUCCACCUCCACCGAAGGUUCCGAAAAGCAGACGGUCACGCAAGAUCAUAGCUAUCGUGGCGGGAUUGCUGGUUUGUGUGGCGUUGGCCGCGGGAAUUCCGCUGGGACUGCAGCUGCGAUCGUCGUCACUGCUGGAGGCAAGGUUGGCGUUUAUUCGAAGAUUGCUGGCGGAAUCUCCACUUGUCGAGGGUUACUGGGCCCCGCAGAUGGGUGCGAACUUCAGCAAAAGCUAUGCCGAAGUUCGGAACAGCAUGGUAGGGGCCUUGCUGUGGCCAAUAUCGGUUCCGUGCGCCGCGCAAUAUCUAGACGCCGUUCAGCUGACCCUGGAAGGGAUCGAUGACGCAAGGCGGAUGGUGAAGAAAAAUAAAGAUAUGGUCAUUGUGGAGAGUGCCGACGAAAUGGAGCAGGCUCACACGGAUGGUAAGCUGGCGAUUCUUUUUGGGCUGGAAGGUGGUCACACGCUCGGUUCCAGCUUGGCCGUCCUGCGCUCGAUGUAUUCCCUCGGGGCACGUUUCGUAUCUUUGACGGGCUUGGGCUGCACAACUCCAUGGGCCAGCGCUUCCAUUCGUACGGACUUUUUCGACGAGAAUCUGCCCUCGACGCUGACCAACUUUGGGGAGGUAGUGGUCCAGGAGAUGAACCGGCUAGGGAUGCUCGUGGAAAUCUCGCGCCUUUCCGAACCGGCCAUGAUGGUCGCCCUGAACGUGGCCAAGGCGCCUCUGUUGCUGUCGAACGCGCUGCCCGCUUCGAUGGCGUGCAACGGCUCGACGGCGGCCGUUCCGGAUCACAUUUUAAGCGCUCUCUCGCAAAACGGCGGCGUGUUGAUGCUCAACGUUGAACGGUGCGGAGAAAAGGCAAUGUCGCUAAAGGACGCGAUCGCGGCAAUUAAUUAUAUCCGCGCCAUUGCCGGCGUGGACCACGUGGGACUGAGCGGUUCGCCGAAAAAUUAUCCUCUGCUGCUGGCGGAGCUGGCCCGCGACCGGCUGUGGGGUUCGGCCGCGAUCAAAAAGCUCGUCGGUGGGAAUAUCGUGCGGGUGCUGCGAGAGGUUGAAGUUAGCAAGAAUCGGCUACCCCUGUCGGAGGAUUGGAUCCCGUUGGAGGCUAUCGAAGGAAACGCUUACUGUCGCUACCCGGAAACAUAAGUUUAGUGAUUGUUACCAACAUGUAUCGAUAAAAAGUAUUAUUCUUCCGACACCCGUGUCAGCAGAUUACCUAAUCAGAGUAGAAGUUUCAAGCAGAGUUUACUGAAGCAAAUUAUUAGAGAAAUUGGUGAUUUCAUCAUCUUCCUUGAACAGAUUACAUAAUUAUAUAAAACGAGUAAGGGAAAAGAACCACAAAUAAUAAGCAACCAGAUGAUUAUCCGGAUAUUCCAAGCAGUUUUAAAUGAACAUUACCAUAUCAUCAAAACAUAAUUUCACAAAUUUUAUUUUAGAAAAUGUCUUGUUAUAGGAAAGCAUUUGUCGAACGUUUAUAAAAAUAACAUCCCCUAAAGUUUAGGAAAAGCUUCGCAUUACUGUUGUAAAAUGAAUUCAUGACGAUCAAAUAAAUUAGUAGUAAAGUUUAAA